ACCUUUCAAACAAAAAUCCCUAAAUUCUAAAAAGUUUUCAUUAUGUCGCUGCGCCAAUGUACUGCUAGUCUGAUGAGGCAGAUCAAUAAUCCGUUUGUGCGAUCCAAUCUAAUAAACAGAAUGGGAUUGCCAGCUACAUCAUUCGCAUCUCUGCAUGCACGAAUGUUCAGUGAUGACAAAGAAAUUAAAAAGUGUAUGGAAAAAGCAGCUCAAAAGAAGAAGUGCAAAGAAGAGGCUCUAAAGAAAAAGUGCAAAGAGGCGGCGCAAAAGAAAAAAUGUGCGGAAGAAGCGCAAAAGAAAAAAUGUGCUGAAGAAGCGCAAAAGAAAAAGUGUCAGGAAGAGGCUCUAAAGAAAAAGUGCAAGGAAGAGGCUUUAAAGAAAAAGUGCGCCGAAGCGGCUCAAAAGAAAAAGUGCGCCGAAGCGGCUCAAAAGAAAAAGUGCGAAGAAGCGGCUAAAAAGAACAAGUGCGGAGGAGCGUCUAAUAAGAAAAAAUGAGGCGAUGAAGAAGAGCAAAAGCAAACGUGAAUGGAAGAGCAAAAAAAUAUAUAAAACUGAAAGUGAAGAAAAAUUACAAGGAAAGGACACAAAAGAAGAAAAGCAAAAAACAGUAAAAUAAGCGGGUAGAAAAAAAGUGCGAAGGAGCAGCUCAAAAGAAAGGGUGCAAAGAAACGGCUCAAAAUAAAAUUCGAUGAAGAGGUUCGAAAGAGAAAGUGGAAGAGAGGUUCUAAAGAGAAGCGACUCAAAAGAAAAUAUGCGAUGAGGUGGCUCAGAAGAAAGGGUGCAAGGAAGAAGGGAAACUGUAUCACAUACAAAUUAAAGAAUUAAAAUUGGGAAAAUCACAAGUACAACUUUCUGAAACAAAUUUUUUUUAAUAAUAAUAAUAGUAAUAAAUAACUAUAUAAUUAAAGCUA